ACCGUAACUCGGCCUCAAUCUCUCCUCCCCCUAACACAAAACCAAAAGAGAGAAAACGCCGAAGGGAAGGUUUUUUUGCCAAACCCAAAGAUAGAAGCGAAUUAUAGAGGGCGAGCCAACCAGUGUAGUCUAAUGUUUUACAUCCUUUAAUCCUAUUCAUAACAAAUACCGUUAAAAAAACGACCGUUGAAAUCAUUCCCGCCAUGGUGGCUCAGCUUGACCACCCCCCACAUCAACACCUCCAGGAGCCACAACUCUCUUCAGACUACUUGGAGAAGACAAAGUCUCUGAUCUGUGCUUUGAACUUUGUCUCUCGGGACCUCCCUCUUCCUCCCGACCUCUUCAACACCGUCUAUUCCAUCUAUUCCGGUCCCCAAAAUGUAGACAAUGGUACUCUGGACGGUGUGACUCACGAUGAGGACGAAUCGCAAGAUGACCCUGGGAAUCCUAUGGAAGGAGAUUUGAUUACUGAACUGGAGGAUGCAAUAGUAAAGCAAAGGCCUAACUGCAUGUCAGGUUUUGUAUUGGGGGAAUCGAGGGAAAAACGAUAUCAAGGCCGUAUUCUGCAUCGCUUACAUGAACUUGAAGAUUUAUGUUUUGUGUCAGAACUGCCUUCAACCAGAGGGGAGGACCUGCAGACCAAGUGCUUACUUGAACUUUAUGGACUAAAGCUAGCAGAGUUGCAAAGGAAAGUACGAACUGAAGUGAGUUCAGAGUAUUGGCUUCGCUUGAAUUGUGCAUCUCCUGAUAAGCAGUUAUUUGACUGGGGUAUGAUGAGAUUGCGUCGACCUUUAUAUGGCAUAGGAGAUGCUUUUGCCACAGAAGCUGAUGAUCAGUUCAGGAAGAAACGGGAUGUGGAGAGGCUAUCAAGGUUAGAAGAAGAAGAGAGGAACCAUAUAGAGACGAGAAAAAGAAAAUUUUUUGCAGAAAUACUUAAUGCAGUUCGAGAGUUCCAAUUGCAAGUUCAGGCAUCUUUUAAGCGCAGGAAGCAAAGGAAUGAUGGGGUCCAGGCAUGGCAUGGAAGGCAAAGGCAGCGUGCUACUCGAGCUGAAAAACUGAGGUUCCAAGCCCUGAAAGCAGAUGAUCAAGAAGCUUAUAUGAAAUUAGUAAAGGAGAGCAAGAAUGAGCGACUUACAAUGCUUCUUGAAGAAACGAAUAAACUCCUUGUUAAUUUGGGGGCUGCAGUUCAGCGCCAGAAAGACGGAAAACAUGCAGAUGGCAUUGAACCCUUAAAAGACUCAGAAUCUGAUUCUCCUGAAUUGGACCCUUCAAGGAAUGAAAGCCAAGGAGAUACACCUCCUGAGGAAGAUGCUAACAUCAUUGAUUCUGAUAGGAAUGAUGACAGUAGUGAUUUACUUGAAGGUCAGCGACAGUAUAACUCAGCCAUUCAUUCAAUUCAGGAGAAGGUAAUGGAGCAACCAUCCAUGCUUCAAGGUGGACAAUUAAGACCAUACCAGUUAGAAGGACUUCAAUGGAUGCUCUCUCUGUUCAACAACAAUUUAAAUGGAAUUUUAGCUGAUGAGAUGGGAUUGGGGAAGACCAUACAAACUAUUUCAUUGAUUGCAUAUCUGAAGGAGAAAAAAGGUGUCUGUGGGCCAUACUUGAUAGUGGCUCCAAAGGCUGUCCUACCUAAUUGGAUCAAUGAAUUUUCAACAUGGGUUCCUGAGGACGAGAUUAAAGCUGUUCUUUAUGAUGGGCGUCUAGACGAGAGAAAGGCAUUGAGAGAACAGUUGUCAAGAGAUGGAAACUUUGAUGUGUUGAUCACACAUUACGAUCUAAUCAUGAGAGAUAAAGCAUUUUUGAAAAAAAUUUACUGGGUUUACAUGAUUGUUGAUGAAGGGCAUCGAUUAAAGAAUCAUGAGUGUGCUCUUGCACGAACUCUUCUGUCCGGCUACCAGAUUCAACGUAGACUUCUACUAACUGGAACUCCAAUUCAGAAUAGCUUACAAGAAUUAUGGUCUCUGCUUAAUUUUCUCCUCCCAAGUAUUUUUAACUCAGUUCAGAACUUUGAGGAGUGGUUCAAUGCUCCUUUCGCAGAUAGAGGUGAUGUGACGCUCACUGAUGAGGAGCAGUUGUUGAUCAUUCGGCGUUUGCAUCAUGUUAUUAGGCCAUUUAUAUUGAGGAGGAAAAAAGAUGAGGUGGAGAAAUAUCUCCCUGGGAAGUCCCAAGUUAUACUGAAAUGUGAUAUGUCUGCAUGGCAGAAAGUUUAUUAUCAGCAAGUUACAGAAAUGGGCAGAGUUGGUCUACAUACUGGCUCUGGGAAAUCAAAAAGUCUACAGAACUUAUCCAUGCAGCUCAGAAAGUGCUGUAACCACCCAUACCUUUUUGUUGGAGAAUAUAAUAUAUGGCGCAGGGAAGAAAUCAUGAGAGCUUCUGGAAAGUUUGAACUUCUUGAUCGUUUACUCCCAAAACUUAGAGCAACAGACCAUAGAGUGCUGCUUUUCUCACAAAUGACCCGUCUCAUGGACAUCCUUGAAGUUUAUUUGCAACUACGUGAUUAUAAGUAUCUUAGACUUGAUGGCUCCACAAAAACUGAGGAAAGAGGAACUUUACUAAAACAAUUCAAUGCGCCUGAUUCUCCUUAUUUCAUGUUUCUCUUGAGCACACGUGCUGGAGGACUCGGUUUGAAUUUACAAACAGCUGAUACUGUAAUAAUAUUUGAUAGUGAUUGGAAUCCUCAAAUGGACCAACAAGCAGAGGAUCGUGCACAUCGUAUUGGACAAAAGAAGGAAGUUAGGGUCUUUGUGUUGGUUAGUGUGGGAUCAAUAGAAGAGGUAAUCUUGGACCGUGCAAAACAGAAGAUGGGAAUUGAUGCCAAAGUAAUCCAGGCAGGACUUUUUAAUACAACAUCCACGGCCCAGGACAGAAGGGAGAUGUUGGAGGAGAUAAUGCGGAGAGGAACCAGCUCACUUGGAACAGAUGUGCCAAGUGAGAGAGAAAUUAACCGCCUUGCAGCACGAUCACCAGAAGAGUUUCGGAUCUUUGAGAGGAUGGAUAAGGAAAGAAGGCAGAAGGAGAACUAUAGAGCUCGUCUCAUGGAAGAGCAUGAGGUGCCCGAAUGGGCAUAUUCCAAACCUGAUAAGGAAGACAAAGCCAAAGGGUUUGAGCAAAAUAAUAUUGCUGUCUUGGGAAAGCGGAGAAGAAAGGAUGUUACCUAUGCUGAUACAUUAAGUGAUUUACAGUGGGUGAAGGCUGUUGAAAGUGGACAAGAUAUAUCGAAGCUAUCAAGUAAAGGAAGGAGACGGGAAUAUCCUUCAUCUGAGGGCAAUGAAUCAGCUAUUAAUAGUGCUGGAACAGAAAAAAGGGCUCUGGAAUCGAGGAAUGAAUUCAUGCCUACGGCAAGUGAGGGAACAAGUGAGGAUACUAUUGGCUCCACCCCAAAGAGAUUCAAGCCUGACGGAGGAAUUCAUGAAAAUCCUGAAUAUCAGGGGGUAGAAAAUCAAGGAGUCAGAGGAAACAAUUGGAGUGGGCAUGUAUUUACGUGGAAUGCCCAUAAGAAGAAGAGAUCUAGCUAUAUCAUACAGAGUUCAUUUUCUGAUUCCAGAAGGCAGAAUUCCAAUGGAAGGGGAAACAGCUGGGCCUGAUUUAGCCUACAAAAAAAAUCCAGUAAUGGGGAAUCCUGAAAGGUCCCCUGACCCUGGUUAUCUUUUGUUAUUGAUGUGAACAAGCGAGGCUUGAACGGGUUUCAGUUGUGUCACAUGUGGCUGGCUUGUGAAGUGACCUCUGUAACUGCUUGCCUGUUGAUUAUGCACAACUAGUCUCUGUUCCGUCGUCCUGCAACUCGGCUUGCGCAAAGCAGCCGCCAAUGCGUUUGGCCAAUUUAAGACUUCUGACCAUCAUUGGCUCUCUGUAGGAUCUGCUUCAGACUAGAUGGGAAUGCAAAGCUUCUAUUUAUUUAUGGGUACUUGUAACAUUACGUAUCAAGAAGAAUGGUAUGCUUCCCUCAUUUGUCAAAUAUAUCUUUUAUUUUUAUUGAA